AUGGAUAAGUUUCAUAUAGAAAAGAUGCUAAAACUUAAUAGCACAGCGAAUUUAGUGUUAGGAAUAUUUUUAACCGUAAUUGGGUCCAUAUUUAUGGCCAUUGCAAAUACGUUCAUGAAACUAGGUUUAAGUGAUUCAAAGAAGAAGAAAUACAUGUUUACUAACUACUCGUGUGAUAUGAAAUGGUAUAUUGGUUUUUUCGUUUACUGUUUUGGGUCCUUCUUACAUAUAAUUGCACUUGGAUUUGCCCCUGCUAGUACAUUAGCACCAAUGAAUUCAUUUGGUCUAAUUGCGAAUGCUGUAGUUGCAAAUAUUUACUUAAAUGAAAAAUUGGGAAAAAUAGAAAUAAUAUCAACGUUAGGUAUAUUUUUUGGAAUAAGCAUUUGUGCAUGCGCUUCUUUUUUAUGUGAUACAAAAGAAGAAGCACAUUUUAAUCCAUUAAAUAUAAUUGAAAGCUGGAGGAACCCAUGGUAUAUUUUUUAUAUUUUUGUUUCUAUAUUUUUAUCUUUUUUUACGUUAAUUUAUUUAAAUCAUCAAGAAAAUAAAAUAAUAUCAGAAAAUGAAGAAAUUUAUGCUACUAAAAGGUAUGUGGAGUUGAAUAUAUAUGAUGAAAAGAAAGAAAAUGAAGGAAAUAAUGGAACUGAUGAACUUGAUGGAAAUGUAUUGGGUUGUUCAUUAAAUACUAAAAAUUUAGGUGAAUCUGUAAAUUUAUAUCCAAAAACUAUAGGAUUAUCUUAUGGUUUUUUAGCCGGUUUGAUAGGAUCACAAUGUGUUUUAGAAAUUAAAGAAAUUGUAGCUUUUUUAAAUAUUGGUUUAACAAAUAAACAUAUAUAUAAAACACCUUUACCCCAUUUGUGUUUUAUAUUUCUUGUUAUAUCCAUAUAUUUACAAAUACAUUUUUUAAAUUUAGGUUUAACAAGGGGAGAUGCAACCCUAGUUGUACCCACUUAUUAUGUAUUUUGGACAUUCUUUGGAACGUUAGGUGGUCUUGUAAAAUUUAAUGAAAUUGAAAAUUUUAAUUUUAAUUCUAUUCUAUUAUUUAUAAUUGGUUUUGUAUUGACUGUGUUAUUUAUAUCUAUAUUAGCUGUACAAGAAAUAGCAUUUUUACGUAAAUAUGUGGACAAAGAAGUACCUGAUAUAUCUUUAGAAAAUUUAGAUAUUCAUGCACAGGUUUUACAAAAUAAAAAAUUAUCAAAACAAGUUAUAUUAAAUAUGGGAUUAUUUCCUGUUUCAUUGCUUGGUACAACAGUUGGACGGAAAAAAUUUCGUCCAUUAUACGAGCGAUUUAGGAGAACUAGGAGUAUAUUAUCUGAUACACAUAUAGGAGAUCAGCACUGUGAAUAUUCAACUGACAAUACUAUAUAUAAUGCUUAUACAUUACCAUAUGAUAUAUACAACACCAAUAAAGAAUCUUUUUACUCAAAAAAAAAAAUAAAUAAAUACAAUGACCAGAAAACUGAAAAUACUUAUGUUUUUUAA